AUGUCGCAACAAACGCCGGAGUAUGAGUACACGCCCUUGACCGGACACGAGAUCAUCCGCGUACUUGUCCUCCACCCUGCCGCUACAGAUAAGGAAGUGAUUCAAUGCUCAUUCCGCGAAACUCCCCUCUGGAGAGGCUGCUCAGAUUCGCCCUGUGCCUACGAAGCCCUGUCUUACACGUGGGGAGAACCCCGAGGAACACGCCCUAUCCUAUGCCAUGGAAAGACACUUCUCAUCACCCCAAACUGCGAACAGGCGCUUCUUCAUCUCCAAGAGAAAAGUGAACAAGUGUCCCUCAUGACAUUAAUUUACCAGUGUGCCCUCCGUACUAUCAUAUGGCUUGGUCAAGACACGAGUACGCAAAUCUCAAGCCUCUUGCGAGAAGCGUGUCCUCUCCAAGGCCGGCCGUCUCGCCGUGCCAAAGCGUCCAAGAAACUACGCAAGUUAUCUCGAAUCAUACGUCGCGAUCCUCUGAAUCCCUUGAUCGGCGAGCCAGGCGAAGAAUAUUAUAGCGAAGGAGAUCAGGAAGCCUAUGGUUUUUUUGAGACUGGUACCGGUCGUACGGAGAAGGCCAAAGAGCUCUGCUCAAAUCAAUGGUUCCGCAGGGUUUGGACAAUUCAAGAGUUUCUUCUAUCAGAGUCCUCGAUAUUCCUUAUGGGAAACGUGCAAUGUCCUCCACGUGACUUGUACAUCUACCUCAAAGACCUCGUGCCUCUCCGCCAUGCGGACUUCGACCAUUAUCGGCUGAGGCACAAGUUCUUCAACUUCGGACCUAAGCAAGGCGAAACGGCGUUUCAAAGCUUCAUGGACCACACAAUCCGCCUGAUAGAACAGAACAACGCGACGGACCCACGGGACAAGGUGUACGGCAUGUCGGCGUUUAUAGAGAGUAAGUGGCCCGAAAUCCAGUUUCCCGCCAUUGAUUACUCGCUCUCCGCCAUGGAAGUCUAUGAGAACUUUACGCGGGCCAUCAUUGUCGCGUCGGGUUCCCUUUGGCCCCUAGAGCUGGUGGUCGGAGCGCCAGAAUUCGACACGGGCCCGACAACAUCUUGGGUAUUAGACCUUCGAGGACCUGGCCAUUUGGCUCCAGCCCAGGAUCCGGACUAUCUGCGCUUCGACUGGAACUGCUAUGAUGGGUGGAAGCCGGGCCCUGGUAAACUUGCUACUGAGAUACUGCGAGAGGAGAAGACGUUGAAAAUACGCGCGAGGCGGGUCUCUGAGGCUGUCCAUGUGAUCAAGGCCAGGGAGGGCUUAGGAUCUAUGUGUUCUUUUGAGAGUAGGUUCCUGACAGAGACCAUGGAUGAGUUAUGCCCCGCCCAAAGCCCAGGCGAUGUACAAGCGGGAGACAUUGUAUAUACCGCGGAAGGAUCUAGGGUCCCGCUUGUUCUGAGAAUUCGUGAUGGGUCAAAUGUUAUUUUCAUAGGGAGGGCAGACAUAUCCACUUAUAGUUUUAAGUUCAUGUACGAGCAGUUUGAUCCUGCCGCUUGGACAGACGAGACACACAUAGAGUGUCUGGUCUUGGCAUAG